AUGUCGUGUUCUUCACCUUUCUCAGGUAAUGCUCCACUUCCACGUCCUGGGUACCAGAUGCCUGAGCCUGAUGGGUGCAGCUCGUACUUCUUUGGGCUUCCUGUUCCAGAAGGGAUGGAUAUGGGGAUCCCCGCCAUGAGCAAGUGUUGCAAUCAGCUAGACAUGUGUUAUGACACCUGUGGCUCAAACAAGUACCGCUGUGACUCCUAGUUUCGCUGGUGCCUCCACAGCAUCUGCACCGAUCUCAGGAAGAGCCUUGGUUUCGUGUCCAAAGUUGAAGGAAACUGA